AUGCUUUUCGUAUAUGUUACCAUCCAUGAUGUGGAGAAUCCGACACAAGUCUCCAUCUGGUCCCUUGUCGCUAAUCCACACGGGCCACAUCCCGCCCUGUGCUUGUCGGACAACCCACCCAAAGUCAAGAGCUUCCUGUCGCGGUCAACCGUCAAUUCGGCUAUCCACUUCAAGACUUUUAGCAUCUUUCCAGCUCCUGUACAGGGCAGCCUUCGUGCUCGCAACCCCGUGCCGCCCGGUCUCAAUCCGAUCCGCCCCGAUCCAGCGCCCGUUCCCCGUUAUUCCCCAUCGCGCCGAACGCCCCGAACAAGAAUCACAUGGCCUAUUUCCAUCCUUGAUUUCUUCCGCGGCUGCCUCAGCUGGCAAUGCUCUUUUCUCCUUCGUCUGUCCGUGUCCACCACGAUUGACUGCGGUUAUCCUCAGACACACGCGAGUGGCCUCAGACACCACCAGCGCUACUCCCUCUUCGGCGAGUCGCUACGGCAUCCCAGACGCCAUUUCAGUUCUGACGCGAAAAGAACAAUGUCGUCCCGCCUCGUCCUUCGAAAGGGAGCCGUCCCUAUUUGCGCUGCCCUCCCCGGUCCGAUCUACUGUUCGACAAACCAUGUCCUCCGACGCCCUAUUGUCGUCAUUACACGCGGUUAUUCGGAUAGACCCGAAAAGAAGGUCGUGGAGGAGAAGACAAAAGAAGAAUCAGGACCUACUACUGUACGGGAAGCUGUCAACCCUCCCGAGAAUGGAAGUGCGAAGAACAACAGCGGCGCCGAGAGACGCGAUGGUGGCGAGUGCGAACGGCCGCCCCCUUAUACCGCAUAUACUCACCGCGGAUCUGCCAUAAACUUUGCCUGGCCAGGCCAGAAACACUUCAAGCAAGACCGCCGCCAUGGCCCUACUCUGUCGGCCGAUAACUGGGAGGACAACGCCGACGCCAAGAUUGAGGAAUUCACCGAGCUGCCGUACAAGCUGUUUGGCACCAACCAGCAUAUGGAGUUUCAUGCCGAGUUCAAGAAAGAGCUAACCCAGCUGCUGCGCUCGUACCGCGCCCCCAUCAUGUAUGCUUUCGCCUACGGCUCCGGGGUAUUCCCCCAGGCCAAACCGGGCAGCCGUGCGGUGAGCAAUGAGGAGUACCGUGCCGUGCACCCCCGUCCGACCGCGGCGCUCAAGGAGGUCCAGGCUUCGGGUCCCCGGUCCAUCGAUCUCAUCUUCGGCGUAUCCCACACGCAGCACUGGCACUCGCUCAACAUGCGCCAGCACCCCGACCACUAUUCCUUCCUGAAGCGGUUCGGGUCCGGCCUCGUGUCCGUGACCCAGGAUCGCUGGGGCGCCGGCGUCUACUUCAAUCCCUACGUCACGCAGAACGGUCUCCAGAUCAAGUACGGCGUCACCACUCUCGAUAACCUCUGCACCGACCUCGUCUCGUGGAACAACCUCUACCUCGCGGGCCGCCUCCAGAAGCCGGUGAAGAUCCUGCGGGACCACCCCCGCGUCCGCCUCGCGAACCAGGUGAACCUCCUCUCCGCCGUCCGCGCCGCGCUCCUCCUCCUACCGCCCCGCUUCACCGAACGCGAGCUGUAUGCCACCAUCGCCGGGCUGUCCUACCUGGGCGACCCUCGCAUGUCGCUCCCGACCGAGAGCCCGAGCAAGGUGACCGAUAUCGUCGACAACAACAUGGUUGCCUUCCGCAGGCUCUACGCGCCUCUCAUAGAAACGCUCCCCAACGUCGACUUUCUCGGCACCGCCACCCCGGGCAACCUGGCGUCCUCGUCCCCGGACCCCGACGAGACCUUCAACCUCGAGCAGGACAUGGACCCCGUCAAGCGCGGCAACAUGGUCCGGCGUCUUCCCAGCGCCUUCCGCGCCCGGCUGUACUUCCAGUACCAGAAGAAAUUCAUGGUCCCCGCCACCGAAUUCGACGCCAUGAUCCAGCAGACGGCGCGCGAGGAGGCCGAGGCCGUCUCCUCCGGGUCUUCGUCCUUCAAGCGCUCUACGGGCGGCGGCUUCGAGCGUCGGAUUGCGAACGACGACCCCGAGGAGCUCCGGUCCUUUGUCCGCCGCGUCAUUCAGCAGACGGUCUAUUGGCCCGCCGCCGCGCAGUCGGUCAAGGGCAUCUUCACCGCCGGUCCGAUCCGGGCUGCGCGUUAUAUGCUUGAGAAGUGGCGGAAGUAUUGGGCCGGUAAGGCCAAGCUCGCUGCGAAGGGCAAGAAGGAGGAGGAGGAAUAACACACUUCUUUCUCCCUUUCCUCCUUAUCCCGCCUUUUCUUUUUAUCUCUGCUGGUGUAGUCCACCGAUGGGCUCCUUUUUCUUUUUUUGUUCUUCAUCUCUUUCCCUUGUAACCUUUUCUUUGUAGGUAUUACGUCGUAUCUUCGUCUCGAUUGCAUAGCACGGGUACUACGUAGGGAGCCGAGGCAUAGACGAGAACAUGGGAUGGAAACAAAAGGGCUGACAUUCGUACUUGUACAUAAAUCUUAGACUCAGUAACGGAAUGUCUACCAGGAAGGCGUUGGGGGAGGUCGAUUCGGCCAUCAUGCUAAGGUACCUUAUGCUGUACAGUAGGUACCUGAAAUGAGUCGAUUAUUAACGACUCCUUCAUCGACG